GCUAUGAGAGUUAAAGGCAACAGUUUUCUGCUGUGUGUGUUAAUGGUGGCCGCUGCCACCACCCUCGCGGCGGCGGCCGCCGCCACUGCAAAGCCCGCCCAUUAUACGGUUCCAUUCAAUAGAACCCUUUUCCCCCGUGGCUUCGUCUUCGGUGCUGGUUCUUCCGCGUAUCAGUCAGAAGGAGCGGCAAAUAUUGAUGGAAAAGGACCAAGCAUUUGGGACACCUUCACUAAGCAGCAUCCAGAAAAGAUAUCGGAUCAGAGCACUGGUGACGUGGCCGACGAUUUUUACCAUCGCUAUAAGAGUGACGUACAACUGAUGAAAAAAAUUGGGCUGGACUCCUUUAGAUUCUCCCUCUCUUGGUCCAGAAUUUUCCCUGAGGGUAGAGGAAAAGUGAAUGCCUUGGGUGUCAAAUUCUACAACAAUGUCAUCAAUGAGCUACUUGCUAAUGGUAUAAUACCUUUUGUCACUCUUUUCCAUUGGGAUGUUCCUCAAGCUCUCACCGACGAGUACGGUGGAUUUCUCAGUCCUAAAGUAGUGGAUGAUUUCCGAGACUACGCUGACUUUUGCUUCAAAGCAUUUGGAGAUAGGGUUAAGAAUUGGGCUACCCUCAAUGAACCCCACAUAUUCGCUGUCAAUGGCUACAAUGGUGGCACCUUUGCACCUGGUCGGUGUUCUAACUAUGUCGGAAAUUGCACAGUCGGCAACUCCGGCACUGAGCCCUAUCUGGUCACCCACCAUCUCCUUCUUUCUCAUGCUACAGCUGCCAGACUCUACAAAACCAAAUAUCAGGUUACCCAAAAAGGACAAAUAGGAAUCACAUUAGUGACACAUUGGAUCAUUCCAAAGUCCCAAACUUCAGCUGAUCGUGAGGCUGCAAAUAGAGCUCUAGAUUUUUACCUUGGAUGGUAUGCUCACUCUAUUACGUAUGGAGAUUAUCCCGAGGUCAUGAGGGCUAUUGUGGGAGAUAGGCUCCCGAAGUUCUCAGAAGCAGAAUCAAAACUGUUAAAAGGGUCUUAUGAUUUUCUUGGUCUCAAUUAUUAUACCGCUAAUUAUGUAGAAAAUUCUCUCUCUACCAGCACUGUUAACAAAAGUUACACUUCUGACAUUCAUGCCACUUUCUCAACCUCAAGAAAUGGUCUCAACAUCGGUACUCCGACCGCUUUGAGCUGGCUCUACAUUUAUCCAAAGGGACUCCGUGAGCUUUUGGUUUAUGUAAAGAACAAAUACCAGAACCCAACAAUUUACAUCACUGAAAAUGGAGUUGGUGAAGCAAAUAAUGCAUCAAAACCAGUUCAUGAAGCCAUUAAGGACAGUAUCAGGAUCAGAUACCAUGAUAGCCAUCUCAGAAGUCUUCUUCAAGCAAUCAAGGAUGGGGUGAAUGUGAAGGGGUAUUACGCGUGGUCAUUUAUGGACGACUUUGAAUGGGAUUCAGGCUACACUCCUCGAUUCGGACUAACGUAUGUAGACUACAAGAACAACCUUAAAAGAUAUCUUAAGUAUUCUGCUUUUUGGUUUAAGAUGUUCCUCCUCCGUUAGUUACUCUGCCAAGUUACUAUGAACUCUCAUUUCGUAAUGACAAGAAAAUAAUAAGAGAAAAUUAUGGUAGAAAAAUAGAAGGAAAAGACAUUUUUCCUUCUUGAUCACAUAAUAUUUUUCUUUUAGGUAUAUCUCACUGGCAGGGGAUUAAGGAAAAAAACAGUGAUGAGAAAUGUCUUUAUUCUAUAGUUUUUUUUCUAUAAUUCUCUCUUCUUUUUAUUUUCUUUCCAUUCCAAAUAGAGCCGAAUUAUGUUUGAGGCUUUUGUUUGAGUUCCACCAGCACAUUGUUGUUUAUUUUCGUAUGUUCUAAAAUAAAACCUUAU